AUGACCAAGCCCAGUCUCCUGGAGCUCCCGCCGGGAGUUCAACUCGUCUACCUAGCCGAGGGCGGCGCAAAUGUGAUCUAUCGUUUUGUCCCGACCAAGUCCCAUCUAGCGGUCAAGCAACACCCACGAUCCCCUCUGGAUCCGCAAUUGCUCUCCGCCGCCUUCGGAGGCAAAUUACUACGUCUGCGCAAGGAGACAAAAGCAGCUGUCUCGUAUAGAGAGAUCGUGCACAAUUUCGAUGCGAAAAUCAGACCACUUUUUCACACCGAUGAACUCGUCGACCAAAACCUCAUUCGUCUCCCCGACGGCCUCCUUGCUCACUGCAACGAGUUGCUCCGACUCUCGGAACUCAAUGGCGAACGUCCCAAAAAGAGGCAUGGCGGGUACCUUUGCUCUAGUGAGCCAUUUGGCUUGCUGAUUACCGAUAUGACUAUCUUCAAUGAACCCGGCGCUACGCUCGCUGAAUUGAAACCGAAAUGGUUGCUACAGUCGCCCUCUGCGCCUGACACGGCGAAUAGAUGCCGCACCUGUGCGCUGAGGGAAAUGAAGAAUUACGAGUCCCGACGGCUGGGGCUGAAAGAGUCGAGAUCGUUUUGUCCCCUCGACCUGGUGUCUGACCGCUUUGAGAACGUCCUCCGCGCAACGACCUUUAUUAAAGGAUGCAACGACCGCGCCCGACUCGCGCGUAUCCUCUUCCGCAAUCCCACCCUGCAAAAUAUCCAGUCUCGGCAGAAAUCAUUCAGAGAGGUCGGGCUACUGGGUCCGUCCGCGCAGUCUCGCGAGACGUCGUUGGAUAUGACACUCCGAGACUGUACGAUGUUUAUCAAGAUCCCCGCGGACGAAAAAUCACCCGUCCAAAUCCGUCUCGGCGACCUAGACCUGAAAACUGGGGCGGGCGGUAAAGCACAGUACUGGCGGGACCUGGAGCACCAGUUGAUAGAUGAGGGAUGGUAUCGCGGUUCGAAUCCCGGUCAGGAACCGAGUGAGUGUGCAUUGGCGAGGUUGGAGGGGGUCUAA